UGGUACCUAGAUAUUAUGCAGGAGGAACGAUUUUCAGAAGGUUCUACAACCAGAAAAUUGAAUCUCUUGGCACGAAAUAUCUAGCGUAUUCUUCGGAACCUUGAAAGGAGACACCGAGCCUCAGUCCUCUCGAUGGUCAAUAUCCCAUAGUCUAGAACUUUCCUUACCUGAGGCGUUUAAUUCCCACCUCCUCACCCUCUCUGGUUCGAAGGUUAGCGAAGCAGAAGCAGUUUUGUCACUUCUCGUAAUAGCUCAGAUUUUUCUCUCACUAGGAAUAUAUACUGUUUCCCUCCUUGAAACGACGAUCCUCCCAUUAGUGCCCCUUUAAUCCCGAGUUUUUUUCUCCUCCCCUUCUUUUCUUUUCUUUGUCUAAAUCUUUCUUCAUCUGUGUUUCCCUCCUUGAAACGACGAUCCUCCCAGUACUCUCUCUCUCUCUCUCUCUCUCUCUCUCUCUCUCUCUGUGUGUAUAACCCAUUAGUUUCCUUCUUUUCUACAUAUUGGUGCUGCUUCUUUUCGUUGAGUUUUUAAGAGUUUCAAAUGAAUUCCAGUGAUGGUUCCGUGAAGAAAGGGAACAACGAAAAGGAGGCGUCGUCGUCUUCUCGAGAUCCUCCUCAACCGCUGCAGGGCCUCCACGAUGCGAGCGCACCUCCAUUUCUGAACAAGACUUACGACAUCAUCGACGACCCCGGCACGGACCAGAUGGUGUCCUGGUCCAAAACGGGCAACAGCUUCGUCGUCUGGGAUCCUUAUAGGUUCUCUACGGAGUUGCUACCGAGGUUCUUCAAGCACAACAACUUCUCCAGCUUUGUCAGGCAACUCAAUACUUAUGUUGAUGUUCACACAUUGGAACAAGAAAGAACACCCGAUGAAGCCACCAAUAUGGGUUUCAGAAAGGUCGAUCCUGACAGGUGGGAGUUUGCAAAUGAAGGGUUUCUUAAAGGCCAGAAGCAUUUGCUGAUAACUAUAAAGAGAAGGAGGCAGCUCAGCCAAGUGGUUCAGCAACAAGUGUUUGGUGCAUGUGUUGAAGUCGGACACUUCGGGUUGGAAGCUGAGAUCGACAGCCUGAAGAGGGACAAGUCUGUGUUGAUGGCAGAGCUGGUGAAACUGAAGCAACAGCACCAGAAGAACAGAGCAAAUCUUCAAGCCUUGGAAGAGAGGAUACAAGGAGCAGAACAAAAGCAGCAUCAUAUGAUGGCAUUUUUGGCCAGAGCAAUGCAGAAACCCACCUUUUUCCAGCAGAUGUUUCAGCAGAAUGAGAAAAGAAAGGAACUUCAGGAAGAUAUCAGAAGAAAGAGAAGAAGGGCCAUUGAAGGAAGGCCAGAAGAAGAUGAAGAGAAGGAACUCAGUGAUGCCACUCUGGGGUUUGCAGGGGAUCAAGGAAUCGAAAUGAGGCCCAUAUCUGACGGUCUAGAAGAACUGUGCAGCUCCGAAUUGAGGCCCAUGUCUGCUGGUCUUGAAGAAAUGUGCAGCUUUGAUUUGACCGAAUUAGAGAGAAUUGAAAUGGAACUGAAAGAGGAAAUUACUAGAGUAGAGGAAGAGGAUAUAAGUAUUGACGAUGGUUUGGGCUUUGUUGACGACCUGUUGAUUGACAAUGUGAGGAAUCAGGAUUUGUCAUUUGUUGAAGGUGAUGAAGAAGGCAAUGAUGGAGAUGUUAGAUUGUUGACAGAGGAAUUGGGAGUUUUGGGAUCUAUUCCUAAGUGAAACUAUGACGAGCGUGAGACCAAUUGGCAGUUUUGAGUGCCCCCCUACCUCACUCUUUGUUGAGUCUCUGAACUGUGAUUUCUUUGAUCGCAGGGCAGUUUUCGGGCUGGCAGUGGCAAGUGGGGAGUUGCGCGGAUUAUACAGCUGGAGAUGGCUUAUGAACUGUUUUACCUUCAUCUUUUUUUUCCCCUACAAUCUUGUUUGAGUAAUUUUACUGUUUACAUCUUUUCUCUUUUGUGCAAGACUGCAGGCUUUUAUAGAAGAGGCUCAUGCAAAGAAUCAACUCGGUUGCUUUUCCUGUCUUCUCUUAAGUUGGGUGGUUAUCCUCUUCAUUGAAGCUGUGGGCAUAUUGAAAUCGUCAACUCAUAGAAUGAACUGGAGAUGCAAGGGCUUGAAAAGACGACGUUGGACGAGAAUGGCUGCAGAUACAAGGAUAUAGUCGCUGUUCUGUUGCUUUUAAAUUCAUAUAUUAGGCAAUAGUAGAAGAAUGUCAAAACGGAUGCACGAAUAUGCGGCAGAGGAUGUAUUUAGAAGCAAGACGAGGGAUCAGUAACUUGAAGGGAAUCAUGACUGGUGGGAUGUGAGUGGAGAAUUAUGAAAGGAUUGCCCUCGAUUUUGCCUCCUCUCUGUACUUGGUGCUUGUGCAGAUUUAUGCAUCCAUAUCAUAGUAUGGGCCUAUGAGGCGACACUCUUGUAUUGCUGUAGUCUUGCGAUCCAGGAAAAGAUUAUUAUCA